AUGUCUGAUACUCAUGUGGACGCCGAGGCGCCUGUCGUCGACCAGAAGGCGCUCGACCUGGCCAAGGCCCGCGAGGCUGGCUGGUCCGAGACGACUGCAUUCAACUACGAUGAGUUCACGAAGCAAGGCGGCCACAGCGGCGAGUGGCAAGGCAUGACCGGCGUCUACGAGUGGAACGACGAGUACGGCGACGUUGCACCUGAGCUUCCUGAGCUCGAGCGCAUGCUUUACGGCACCGAGACGCGUGUCGUGGAAGGCAAGCAUCGGGAUACACUCGACGACAUUGAGGUCGUGCUCGAGGGUGCCACCAAGGUGAAGCCAAUCCAGACUUUCGCAGAUGGUGGUCUUCACCCCGUCAUGGCCGAAAAUGUUAAGCGUUGUGGCUACGAGAAGCCAACGCCCAUCCAGGCCUACACCAUCCCGGCAGUCAAGCUCGGUUACGACGUUGUCGGCAUCGCUCAGACAGGUAGCGGAAAGACUGCCUCCUACAUGAUUCCCAUCAUCUCGGCAUUGAUGGGCAAGGCCAAGAAGUUGCGUGGCCCGCGCCCCAACGUCGUCGACCCGCGCUACGACCCCAAGCUGCACCGCGUCCGCGCCGAGCCACUCGUGCUCAUCAUCGUUCCCACGCGCGAGCUCGCGAUUCAAGUCUUUGACGAGGCUCGCCGCCUCUGCUAUCGUUCCAUGCUUCGCCCAGGUGUUGCAUAUGGCGGUCUGCCAAUGGGUCUUCAGGUCGAGGACCUUGGCAAGGGCUGUGACAUCCUCAUUGGUUCCCCAGGUCGCUUGAUGGAUCUCAUGGACCGCCCUGACGUUCUGACCAUGAGCCGCGUCAAGUACACCGUCAUCGACGAGGCCGAUGAAAUGCUCAACGAGGACUGGUCCGAAGAGAUGGCCAAGAUUCUCGCUGGUGGUGACGCCAACGAAGAUGCUGAUCACGUCUACAUGAUGUUUUCGGCCACCUUUCCCAAGGGCGCUCGUCGCGUUGCCCGCGAGUACAUGGCUGAAGAUCACAUGCGCAUCAAGGUCGGUCGCGCGGGUCAAGCCCACAAGAACAUCAAGCAAGAAAUCAUUGAGGUCGACCACACGAACAAGCGCCAAGCUGUCUACGACCUCCUCUUCGCAUCUGAGCCAUGUCGCACCUUGAUCUUCUGCAACUCCAAGAACACGGUCGAUCUCAUUGACGACUUCCUCUACAACAAGGGCUUGCCAACCACGUCGAUCCACUCAGACCGCAACAUGAAGGAGCGUGAAGAUGCCAUUCGUGCCUUCCGCACUGGCACUGCCCCGAUCCUCAUUGCCACCGGUGUCUCUGCUCGUGGUCUGGAUGUUCCCAGCGUCGGACACGUGAUCAACUUCGAUAUGCCAUCCGCGAUGUACGGCGGCAUCCAAGAAUACAUACACCGCAUCGGCCGCACCGCGCGUAUUGGCAACCUAGGCCUUGCCACCUCAUUCUACAAUGAGCGUAACGAAGACAUCGCUCAGGACCUCGUCAACGUCCUCAUGGAGUGCGACCAGAGCGUUCCAGAGUUCCUCGAGCAUCUGAAGCCGGAGCAGGUCUCUGAGAUUCAGUUCGACGAUGACUCUGAGGACGAGGCCGAGGCAGGCGAGGAUGACGCCGGCGGUGCUUGGGGUGGCGAUGCUGCUCCAGCUGAUGAGCCAGCUGACACCGGCUUUCAGGCCGACGCCGGCUUUCAGGCUGACGACAGCUUCAAGCCUGCUACCGAUGAUGCUUGGUAG